AUGAACCGGCCAUCCAAAAGUGUUGAAGUGAUUACCGAAGGAAACGAAAAUGUGCCAUCAACUUCUUGUGUUCUAAAGGACAAAUUUGUUCCAUCCUAUACAUAUAGCAGUUGGAAAAGGUUACGUGAUGUUUGUCGUACAUUACAAGAAACGCAAGAAAUAGCUUUGCUCCAACGAGAGAAAUUAGAUAUAUUGCUGGCAAAUGAAAAGGAAUACCGUGAUCUGGCCGAGCGAGUACAGUGCGAACAAGUUGAACUGCAAGCAUUACGAGAUUAUGUGGAGAGACAGAAGUGUCGUAUAAUGACUUGUCGCAUGAAAUUGAUUCAUUUUAAUGACGAGAAGUUUCAGAAAGAUAUGAUGACUAGUAAACGAUCAAACGAAGUUAUAAAAAUGCAAGAAGAUUUGCUAAAACGGAAAGCUGCACUUUCUUUGGCAAAAGAUAAUUUGCUUUUGAUCGCUUCACAUUUGGCAUGGCGUCGAAGGAAAAUGGUGGACGAUUUGAUGCAUAUUUAUAUUAUCAAUUUAAAUACACCACCAGAAGCACGUUUGAUGCCUUCAUCAUGUACUUGUCAUUCGAUAGCCUGUAUUGCUGGCCUUCAUCUUCCGGAUGCUUUAUCUUUUCCUGGACAUUCCGAAGUAGAAAUAAGUGCUGCUAUAGGAUAUGUUAUUCAAGCCUUGUCUUUACUUUCUCGGAUAUACAAUUUCCCUUACCAAUACAGUAUGCUUUUCUUCGGCUCAAAAUCAACAAUAAAGGAUCCAAUACUUGAAGAGACAUAUCCUCUAUAUGGUAUAACACGGAAUCGUGAAAAAUUUGAGGAAGGCGUAUUGCUAUUAAACAAAAAUAUAUCACAACUUCGGUGGUCGUUUGGUAUAACGACGAAAAAAGUGGGAAGAACUUUAUCGAAUCUACAAGAUUUAUUGCUACAUAUUGUUGGCAAAAGAUGUGACAAUUUCUUGGAUUCAGCCUUUCAAAGACCAUCAGUUAGCUAUAGGAGUGUUGGAAAUGUAGAUAUAAAUUCGCAUAAAUGUACAAAGCGAAGCAGUGAGUUCAAUGAAGAAAAAACCAUUGAAAAUGGAUCCUCCAAGCCUUUGCAGGUGCUAAAUUUGCAUCAUAAACAGUAG